CCCUCCGCUCCCUCGCUCCGCCUCGCCUGGAUCAGCCCUCUGGUAUUUCCUGCUGCUCGGCGACAGCUGAGCCCCUCGCGGGCCCAGCGCGGCCCGGUCCGGACCGAGCACUGAGCGCGACCGGCACGAAGCCCCCCAGUACCCACACCAUGAAGGAGGAGGCCUUUCUUCGGCGCCGCUUCUCGCUGUGUCCACCAGCUUCUACUCCACAGAAGACUGACCCCCGGAAAAUCCCACGGAACCUGCUUCUGGGCUGCGAAAAUGAGCUUGGUCCCAUCACCCCAGGGAGGGACAUGGAGUCCAAUGGCCCAUCACCAUCCAGAGAUGAAGAGCCCCUGACCCCAGGCUCUGCCACAAAGGUACCACCGGCUGAGUACAGGCUAUGCAAUGGAUCUGACAAGGAAUGUACCUCCCCAACGACCAGGAUCUCCAAGAAGGACACUCUCAAGGCGCAGAAGGAGAACUAUCGGCAGGAGAAGAAGCGGGCUACAAAGCAGCUGUUCAGCGCCCUGACCGACCCCAGUGUGGUCAUCAUGGCUGACAGCCUGAAGAUCCGAGGGACCCUGAAGAGCUGGACGAAGCUGUGGUGUGUGCUGAAGCCAGGUGUGCUGCUCAUCUACAAGACGCCCAAGGUGGGCCAGUGGGUGGGCACGGUGCUGCUGCACUGCUGUGAGCUAAUCGAGCGUCCCUCCAAGAAGGAUGGCUUCUGUUUCAAGCUCUUCCACCCACUGGACCAGUCUGUGUGGGCGGUAAAGGGCCCCAAAGGUGAGAGUGUGGGCUCCAUCACCCAGCCCCUCCCGAGCAGCUACCUGAUCUUCAGGGCCGCCUCAGAAUCGGACGGCCGCUGCUGGCUUGAUGCCCUGGAGCUGGCCCUGCGCUGCUCCAGCCUGCUGAGACUGAGCACAUGCAAGCAGGGCCGUGAUGGAGAGCAGGGGUCCUCGCCCGAUGCCUCACCCUCUUCUCUCUAUGGAUUGCCCACCUCAACCACCAUCCCAGACCAAGACCUGUUCCCGCUGAAUGGGUCUGCCUUGGAGAACCACCUGGAGAAUGAUGCCUUCUCGGACAAGUCAGAACGAGAGAAUGCCGAAGACUCAGACGCUGACACCCAGGAUCACAGCCGCAAGACCAACGAGAGUGGGAGCGACCCACUGGACAGCCCUGGUGGGCCACGGAGGGGAACUACCUAUGUGGAGCAGGUCCAGGAGGAGCUGGGAGAGCUGGAUGAGACAUCCCAGGUGGAGACAGUGUCAGAGGAAAACAAGAACCUGAUGUGGGUGCUGCUGCGACAGCUGCGCCCGGGCAUGGACCUGUCGCGAGUGGUGCUGCCCACCUUCGUGCUGGAGCCUCGCUCCUUCCUCAGCAAGCUCUCAGAUUACUACUAUCAUGGGGACCUGCUCUCCAGGGCAGCCACAGAGGAGGACGCUUACUGCCGCAUGAAGCUUGUGCUGCGAUGGUAUCUGUCUGGCUUCUACAAGAAGCCCAAGGGCAUCAAGAAACCCUAUAACCCCAUCCUGGGGGAGACCUUCCGCUGCCGCUGGCUACACCCUCAGACUAACAGCCACACUUUCUACAUAGCAGAGCAGGUGUCCCACCAUCCUCCUGUGUCUGCCUUCUAUGUCAGCAACCGGAAGGAUGGAUUCUGCAUGAGCGGCAGCAUCACAGCAAAGUCCAGGUUCUAUGGGAACUCACUGUCCGCACUUCUGGACGGCAAGGCUAAACUUACCUUCCUGAACCGCAAGGAGGAAUACACCCUCACCAUGCCCUACGCCCACUGCCGAGGGAUCCUGUAUGGUACCAUGACCAUGGAGCUAGGGGGCAAAGUGACCAUCGCAUGUGAGAAGAACAACCUCCAAGCUGAACUGGACUUCAAGCUCAAGCCUUUCUUUGGGAGCAGCACCAGCAUCAACCAGAUCUCUGGGAAGAUCAUGUCAGGGGAGGAGGUCCUUGCACGCCUCACGGGACACUGGGACAGAGAUGUGUUUAUCAAGGAAGAGGGCUGUGGAGGCACCGAGCUCUUCUGGACUCCUAGUGAGGAGGUCCGCAGGCAGCGGCUGAGGCGGCACACCGUGCUUUUGGAAGAACAGAAUGAGCUGGAGUCUGAGAGGCUCUGGCAGCAUGUCACCAGAGCCAUCCGUGAGGGUGACCAGCACAAAGCCACACAGGAGAAGUCUGUGCUGGAGGAGGCACAGCGGCAGCGUGCCCGUGAGCACCAGCAGAGCCUCACUCCAUGGAAACCACAGUUGUUCCACCUGGACCCGCUCACCCAAGAAUGGCGCUACCGAUAUGAGAACCAUAGCCCCUGGGACCCCCUGAAGGACAUCGCCCAAUAUGAACAAGAUGGGAUUCUUCACACACUACAGAGGGAGACUAUGUCUGGCCAGACAACCUUCCUGGGGAGUCCAGGGUCCAGGCACAAGAGACCUGGCCCUGACCGGCGGCUCCGCAAAGCCAGUGACCAGCCCUCUGGCCAUAGCCAGGUCACAGAGAGCAGCGGCUCCACACCUGAGUCCUGCCCAGACCUCUCUGAUGAGGACUUUGUUCCUGGUAGCGAGAGCCCAUGUCCUCGGUGCAGGCGAGAUGCACACCGGCUACGGAUGCUACACGAGGCUGUGCUGUCUCUUCGGGAAGCUCAACAAGAGCUGCAGAGGUAAGAACACAGGAGAUGGAGGGGCCUGCCCGUGAGGGAGAGUGCGUCCCUCCUGCAGGAGCCAGUGGGCACCGGCAAGGGGCUUAGAAGGAAGCGCAGGGCUAGGGAAGCCCCUCAGGGCCAGGUGUGUGAAAGCAGGUGGCAGCCCUCCUGGAUACCUCAGGCUCCCUGCAGCUUGUCAGCACCACUAUACAGACUAUGCUCAAGACAAAGGGAGUAUCUGAGAGCCAUACUAUGUGACCUCAGGGGGUAUGAACCAGGGCCACACAGUUCCUUCCUGACAGCACACAGUAUCACGUGAGGACACCAUUAUGCCAUCACACUUGGUUCUCCUCUGUAAAAUGGGUUAAUAGCAGCACCAACCAGGGUGUGGGGACAGAAUGGAGAGGAUAUGGAGAACAAGCUUUGUGCCCAUUCAGGCACCCCAUAGGUGACUGGCACAGUACUUGACUCUGUGACUCCUUUCCAGAUCUUGCCAAGAGAAUUGGUUGGUAGGGAUGGGGCGUGAAGCUGAAGAGAAAUGAGUCAGGGCUGAGACACUGAGGAGGGUGGGAACAAGAGUGGGAUGUGGUGGGUUCCUCCUGGGUCAGCCAGGUUCCAGAUACACAGCACCACUCAGGCGGAGAUCUAGAUAGCUGGCUGUAGCUUGGCUGAAGUCAGUUGCUAUAGUUUGGGAAGUUGAGAAGUGUGCUGGCUAGAGGCCCUUGGGUACCUGCAGUAGCCUAGCCUGAGAGGAAGGUGUGAAAUGGCUUAAG